UAUAAAUUCCACUUCGCUCCCCAUCCAUUCAUUUCCAUUCAAUCAAACCGCACGUUCGAUUCCUUCUCUUCUUCACAUGGCCGACGAAUUCCAAGAAUCAGAUCUCUUCUUCGAAACAAAUGCUGCCGGAAUUUCAAUCGGAGGACUCGAAGAUACCAACAUUUACAACACUCACCAACACUCCAUAUUCUCCGAUUUCGACAAAUCCAAGAGGAAAAAGAAACAACCUGUAGAGAAGAUGAAGAACAAGUCAGUUCCCGUGAAUAUUCCUGAGAAUUUCUCCAGAAGAUCACGGUCGUUUCAGUGCUACGAAGAGGAAGGAGAGAUAGUGCCGCCGCAUGAGAUCGUAAGUCGGCGGCGAUUCGCCGGAGAAAUGGCUUGCUCCGGAGAUGGCCGGAGAUUGAAAGGAAGGGAAUUAAAUGAAGUUAGAAAUUCAAUUCUUAGAAUGACGGGAUUCUUGGAAACGUGAUGGAGGGGAAAUUUAUGAAAUUAAGAACAGGUUUUAUAUAAUUAGGGGAGACUGGAGAGUGAAUUCAUGUUUUUGGAAAUUAAAAUAUUUCCCAUUAAUUUUUUUAUAAUCAAAUUCAAAUUAAUUCAUGAAA